AUGUUGUCAGAAGUUUAUUCAUCACUCCGUCCACUUUUCAUUCUUUCCUCGAUGACUGGAUUGUUCUUCUUCAAGAUUGACUACAAAACAUCCUCAAUUGUCACAUCAAUUUGGAAUAAAAUUACUAUUUUAGCGACUUUUAUAAUCUACAUCAUUGGAUGUUGGUUCUACUUGAAAUCCGAAUUGAUAAGCAAAUUAUUUUCAACCAAGUUGUCUAAAAUCAGUUCUAAUAUUCUGAUUGGAAUUGACUGUGCAUUUAUAAUUGUUGCGAUGAUGUGGACUUUGAUUAAAAGAGGAAAAAUCUUACAAAUGUUGAUAAAACUAAGUGAAAUUGAUGAUAAUUUGUGCGAAGCUGGAUUGAAAAUUAACUACAAAAGUCUAAAGAACAAGCUAAUAGCAUUGAUUGGAUUUAUAUUAUUGUUUUUGAUUAGUCAAGUUGGAAUUACAAUGGUGAUCAGCAUUCACCUCAUGAAAUUUCAAUUAAUUGGAGUUAUAAUCUGCAUCUACAACUACUUAAUUUUCAUAAUUGGAAUCGUGUUGGUGUCACAAUAUGCAGUUUAUAUGUACAAUAUUGGAACUAGAUUUGAGAUGAUGAAUUUGUGUAUCGAAAAUUCACUAAGAAAUACUCCAAAAACACACUUGAAAAUUGCAGAAUGUGUAAAUAUCUACAACUCAAUUUAUGGACUUCCGAUGAUGGGAACUUUUGCAAUUUUCUUAAUCUGGUACAUUAUUGCAUCAUCAAAGCUUGUUCUAGCACCUGAAAUUAAUAUGUUCUCAACGAUUGCAUUGACUUUUAACAUUUCAACAACAGCAAUUGCAUUAUGCUUCACCAUUUUUGCAGCCGAAAAGAUUUUGAUUGCUAAACAAAAGUCAAUUCAUCUUUUGUACUCAAAAUUGGAUAAAGAACCUGGAAAAUCAGAUAAAAUUAUCAAUCUCAUCAUGCAAAUUCGACACACAAAUGUUGGAUUUUCAUGUAAAUUUUUCGAAUUUAAUUGGAGUUUGAUGUUUAAAUUUGCAUCAGCUUGUGUAAUGUAUUUAGUUAUUCUGAUACAAUUUGAAGGAGGAAUGUAA